UUUCUUGCCAAGUCUAAAGAUAUCAAGUCAUCAUCAUAAUCAAACAAUUUGUUCCAUCUCGGCUGCGUACUGCAACAGCUGACGAACACUUUGGAUUGUAUGUUUGUCUGCUGUAGGAGGAAGUUCCAAUUGUUGUUCUUCAUCCAGCAUCAUGGCAUCUUCAUUAUCAACCACAUUGCUUUCACUGGGGAAAUGAAGUAUGCCUUCUUUGAUGGUCCACCCACGUUCAGCAGCCAGAGCCUCAGUUUCUUUGGAAUUUUGAAGAUAUAACAAGCUUGUCGCAUUCGCAAGAGGAAUCGUGGUAUAUACUUUUUCUGCGCAGGUUGCAAUUUCAUUACGGACCAUAGUCAUGACGAUCUUCAUAAAAUAACUGAAUUCGGGGAAUGCGCAGGACUGGAUCAUCGACGCAACUUUGUCAAAGGCGCCUUCCAUAACAUUUUGUUCUAGCGACAUAACCCAAACAACGUGUGGAUCUUUUUCAAAUAAUGACUUUUCUGGUACAGACUCUAAGGCAGUAUGGAAUUCUGCAAUACGGUUGUCCGACAGCAAGUACAGAAGGUUGAGUGCAGUCACCAUACCCAUUCUCGGGGAAGGAGCAAGAGCCGAAUCGUGGUAAAAGGGAACGACUUGACUGGCAUAACGUGCAAAUGCCUCGAUAUCCGACGUCUGAAUCGAUACUAGCACACCAUAUUCAAAUACAUUUCCUGUCAUCUUGUUAGUCAAAAAUUUCUACACAGCUAAACUUCUUUUUCCGCUUCUCUAUAACACAUACUUGCAAAGAUGCUUUUUUCUCUAUUGCUGGUCGGUAAGAACAGAUUCUCUUUAGCUAAUUCUAGCUUUAAAUUGACAAGCUCUUUUUUACAGCUUUGCCAAUCUUUUUUAUCAUAAAGUCCCGCCAAACGAUCCAAAUUUAAAGCACUCAUGGUUCUUGUAGAAGAAGGGACUCGCAUCCAAGUUUUGGUGUUUUGCUAGAUCGAUCAAAUAGUGCAAUACAAGGAUAAGAAAAGUAAACGCAAUUCUGGUAUAACAAAAUACUAAAGAGUCAUUAGAUUAAUUCUAUGGCCUCGUUGCUUCUCUCUAUCUAGUAACUUUGCAAAAUGCAGAAUGUUUGGGCAAAAAGGAUUGUAGCAGGUAAGUCAUUAGCUGUCUACUAUUUGCAAAGUGAAGCUGAAAAAUGUCAUAAUCUGUAUGGGAAAAGCAGUAGGUCGAAGGAUAUCAAGUUUGCUAGUCAUCUCUUCUUAGUGAAAGAGAACGAUGUGUUUGUCUUUGGAAUGGAAUGCAUAGUAUAUAAAAAAUCAAAUAAGAGAACCAUCUUUGUUGCAAAAGUGGAUUCAAGUGGGUUAGGAACGCAGGCUGCCUCGUCUAGUGCUCUCGCGGCCUCUGCUAUAGAAACAGUGAUCAAUGCUCAGUACGAGGAAGGUGCUGCAGAAGUCGAAGUGACUCUGUUUGCAAUUUCUCAAAGUCAGUAUUUGUUCCCAGAAUCUUCUGAAAAUGGACACAAACAUGUUUUGUCAGAUGCCGGACUUUUACACUGGUGGGUCAAAUGUCUAGAAAUGGUGCGGAAAGAUUACUAUCCUGCUGAAGAACAGUGCAGCGAAGCAACCGUAAAUAGAAACUCAGAGGACGUUUCCGCUGAGAAAAAAAAGCACAUGGCUUACAUGUUUGUUCCGGGACUUCCGUCUCUUCGAUCCUAUCUCCCAAAUAGCUUCUGGAAGCAAGGAACUGCUUUGCAAGAAGGAAAGGCCAUAGAAAUGAUUCCACGAUACCCGGAUGAUCCAAAAGCCAGAUACCUGUACGAAAUUCAAGAUCAGCGAAGCGAAAUGAGUGUCGCCGAGUUUUGGGAUACCCUAUCGUUUCGUCAAGAGUGCUGCUCAGGAAAAUUGGUAGGUUUCUAUAGCUUAAGCCUACCUAAGCAUACUGUAGAAGCCGUUUCUUCAAGAAAAAAAAACUUUGACUUUGGACUCGUUUUACCUCCCAAGCUAUAUCGUAUUAUUUAUGACUCUCUCUUAAAACGUUCUUUUCGUUCCCUUUCUAUUGCCUCUCAAUCGACUGAAACCUUUUUAGGUGAAACAAUUGCAGCCAUACAAAGAGUGAAUGGCUUUUCUAUGGAUAAAGUAGUCCAAACAAUUGAAGGAAACGCCAAACCUGUUUCUUCCAAAAAGCGGGAUCCGGAACCUCCUCAAGCAUUGAACGUGCUACAACCCAGAAAGAAAAAAAAGUAGUAUACAUUGAUUUAGUUAAAUGAAGAGGAUUGCAAAGAUU